CAUUGCUGCGAUGGCCGCAGCGCAGUCCCGUUAUGGUAAGGCCCGCCGCCCCAAGGCUGGGCGCGGCGGUGGUAGUGGAGGAGGGGGUGGAGGUGGUGGUGGAAGUGGCUCUUCCGCUGGUGGUAGUACUAGCGAGGGGGCUGGGGCUGGUGCCUCGGAGCAGCAGCUCCAGCGGGAGCAGCACCAGGCGCCACAGCAUGACCAGCAGCAGCAGCAGCAGCAGCAGCAGCAGCAGCAGCAGCAGCAGCAGCAGCAGCAGCAGCAGCAGCAGCAGCAGCAGCAGCAGCAGCAGCAGCAGCAGCAGCAGCAGUCGCAGCGGAGGGUCGGCCGCCUCCUGCCUUGGUGGUCUGGCACCGAUGGUGGAGCUAUUCGCGUUGCUGCUGGGAGCACCGGAGGUAACAUCGUUACGAAAGGAUGAGUUGGCAGAAGUGAUUAUAAGGGCGGAUGCAUGGGAGAGAGU